GUGACCUGCGAACCUCAGGCCAGACGGCAACUUCAAGGCGCUGCAGUCCAGUCCUAUCAUGCCGUGAACAGUGCCAGUGCUGCCAACAAGGCUGCCUGUGUCUGUCUAUCCAUCCAGGAACACACACACACACACACACACACACACACACACACACACACACACACACACACACACACACCGUCUCCCGCACGGGUUCUUGGAGCCUUCUUAUAUACCGUUUCUCAAUCCUCGUUCUAUGACUUACGAUACCUGCCGCGUCUCGGAGCGUUCGCGAGUUGGGAAGGCCAAUGGCGCCACGACCACUGAAACGCCAGAAAACGAACCCUACCGAAGACUCUAAGACUGAUGCAACCCAGACGCAAGCCGCCAAUGUACCCCUUCCUACAGACGCAUCGCCUAAUAUACCCGAAUCAAAAUCAGGGAACACGAGCCAGCAAGGACAAAGACCGCAGUCCUGGAUUGCCCUGACAUGGCCCCGUAAGGCCGCACCAUUGGCAGAGGUCGCUCGAGAGAGCGUAUCGUCUGCCAGUAGCGUCGCUAAAGAGACAGCGUCAAUCAUCAAAGACAAAGCCAAAACAUCGAGGUCGCCAUCUCUGGCAAUGACUCUGGGAAGAUCGAGUGCCAAUCGAUCGCGUCCUGUUGAUGCUACAACUACGAUAGUUAACGCCACUUCCGAAUCAUCCUCGCCAAAUGUCAAGAAGAGCUCGUCUUCGGACGUUGCAACUGAUGUCCGCCAUGAAAGCACAACCGAUGACUCUUCGAAUAGCACUCAGCAACGGCGCGAGAAGGCUAUCAGGGCGGACAGCGACCCGCCACAGUCCACAGAGGAUGCGAAAAGUGCUGCCACGGACAACCAAGCGCACGAAUCUCAGAGUACAUGGUUGGGUUGGUUGUCAAGAAAAGAUGGUGGCAAUGUAUCGGGUCAGACAGAACCACACGAGCAACACCCCGAAUCUCGGUCGUCAACGACAGUAGCCCCAACAGCGGCUACCCAGACAAGAUACACUGAGGAAGCCCAGCCGCCUACCGAAGAUGAGCUAAAGGAAACCGUGAAUGCGAACAACAAGCGGAGUUGGUUUCAGAUGUGGUCCAGCGGCAGCCCGGACUCAAUGAGUAAAAAGGAGGAAACCGCUGCGCCACCUUCUGCGGCCGACCGACCUGAGCAAGCGAAGGGGCCUUCCACAAGUCGGGAAGUUCCUCUGCCUGACACGGCUCAAACGAAGACAUCUUCUCAAGCAUCUUCAUUGGAGACCUCCCCACCGCCGGUUCUGCCCGAAGAUGGCACGAAGUCCUCUGGCUGGGUAUUUUGGUCUCGGGAUCGAAAGGGACUCUCGUCAACAAGGCCGGAAAAUGAACCGCAUGUGGGAGAGAUUGCAGUGUCAAAUACACCUUCUCAGACAAGACCUAGACGUGCUUCGAUAUCUUUGCAGGACGAGGCCACCAAACCCGUCGUGGAACCACCCCUCCGCGCAGAGCAGUCCAAAGAUGUUGCUGCGCAGAACUCGACGACUCCCAAAUCUGUGGCACAACAAACACCAAAGGCUUACAAGCCAAAGAAGAAGCCUGUUGAUUCAGUCAAAGAUUCAACUACCAAAGUGGAGUCUCCAAAUGCAGCAGCGGUGGUAAGAGAUCCAGUUGAGGUCGGCACUCCGCGCACAGCAUCACCAGCUCCAUCAAAGGAGUCCCCGAAUCUGUUGCUCCCACCGAUCAAGGAGACUUUAAGUUACGAAGAAACACCUUCGCUGUUGCAGCAGCUUACUAGGCUUCUUUAUUACACGAAGGAGCCUGAGCUCAAGCACGUUUCCCUUGUCAGAGAUCCCCCGCGAAUCAGAAAUGCCCUCGCCAUUGGCGUGCAUGGAUAUUUCCCUGCGCCUCUUAUCCGUACCGUUCUUGGUCAGCCUACUGGCACGUCUAUCAAAUUCGCAGACAUGGCGGCGAAAUGUAUCAAAAACUGGACUCGAAGUCAAGGCUAUGAUUGCGAAGUCAAGAGCGCCGCUCUCGAGGGUGAGGGCCGCAUCGCAGAACGAGUGGAGCUGUUGUGGAAGCUGUUGCUCAACUGGAUUGACGAAAUACGUCGCUCCGAUUUUGUCAUGGUUGCAUGCCACAGCCAAGGGGUUCCGGUAGCAAUCAUGCUGGUUGCGAAACUGCUACAGUUUGGAUGUAUCAGUUCUGCACGGGUAGGUAUCUGCGCCAUGGCUGGCGUGAACCUGGGCCCCUUUCAAGAAUACAAGUCCCGUUGGAUCAGUGGUUCAGCUGGAGAACUGUUUGAGUUUUCGGAUCCCGACAGCAAAGUUUCGAAAGCUUACCAUGCCGCCAUUGAAGAGGUGUUGAGGUCUGGGCUUGUCAAGGUGACUUUUGUUGGUAGCAUUGACGACCAACUCGUGUCACUAGAGUCGUCCAUCUUUGCGCCACUAUCUCAUCCUCACAUCUACAGAGCGGUAUUCAUCGACUCUCGGAUCCACGCCCCGAACUUUUUGUCCCAUUUGGUUGGGUUUGCGCUGAAACUGCGCAAUGUUGGUGUCCCCGAUCAUGGACUGCUCAGAGAGUUGUCGUCACCUCUGGCGGGGAGUUUGUAUUCCGGGGAAGGCCAUUCAAGGAUUUAUGAAGACGAUGCCGUCUACGACAUCGCGAUUUCGUUUGCGUUGGAGACGACCUCGCUCAAAGAUGUGCCGCUCACCAGGCGACAGACUAGCAACAGCAACAGCUCCAACCCGUACAUCCUGCCAUUUGCUAUGCGAGGGAUUCUAGAGGAGGACUAUGUUAAGAAAGAACUUCAGGAGGAAGCCCGGGAAUUACUGGCCCAAUUUGACGAUUGGAGACCGACGACUAAAGCGCUCAAGGAUGUUAAGUUUCGCCUAGAAGGAAUCAGGUCAAAACUGUAGAAUAGAUCCAAAUACAGAGCAAAGUGGCAUGGCAUCGUGGGUCUGUGGACAGAUUGCACAGCCACGGCCCUCACAUUUGAUUCAAGAAGCUGCUUAUAGUCGUAGAAUUCACUCGUCUUACCGUUUGGAAGAGCCUGCAUUUCGCAUGGAAUGUGUAUAGAAGAUGCUGAAUGACUGAUUAUUGUCAGGGCAACUUGAAGCCGGG